CCUUUUUUUUUAACAUGACCAGUCAUCGUUAGUUUCCCGACCAUAGCAAACAAAUCGACGAUCGUGAUAAUCAAAACUCUGCUGGACAUGCCCAGAAAAAUCGAUUAAUCGAUUUCCACCCUCGCUUUCUUCUUGGCAAGCAGUUCUAGUCGCGGCUGAGGGGCGAAGUCGCGAAGAUGUACCAGAUCGAGGGGGUAAUCGGCAAGGGGCAGUUUUCGGUCGUAUACAGAGCCAGGUCGACGGAACACAACAAGUUGGUAGCUAUUAAAAAAAUACAGAUCCAGAGCAUGAUAAGCCCAGACGCCAGGAUGGACUGCCUCAAAGAAAUAAGUCUUCUACAGCAAUUGGACCAUCCAAAUAUAAUUCGAUACUUCACAUCGUUCAUAGAAGAGAAUGAACUCAACAUCGUCCUCGAGUUGGCAGACGCUGGAGACCUGAGUCAGAUGCUCAAGCAUUUUAGGAGGCGUAGGAUGCUCGUACCAGAAAGGACCAUCUGGAAGUAUUUCGUACAAAUUGCAUCUGGGCUACACCACAUGCACUCAAAGCGGGUUAUGCACAGAGAUAUCAAGCCUGCAAACGUCUUUGUUACACGAGAGGGCCUGGUGAAACUAGGUGACCUGGGCCUUGGGAGAUUUUUUAGUGCGAAAACAAUAGUCGCACAAAGUUUAGUUGGAACGCCCUACUACAUGUCGCCCGAGAGGCUUCAUGAAGAAGCUUACACUUUCAACAGUGAUAUUUGGUCCCUAGGCUGCUUGCUUUACGAACUUGCAGCUCUGCAAACUCCUUUCUAUGAAAAUAAACUCAAUCUUUAUUCCUUAACAAAAAAAAUUGAAAGAGGAGACUAUCCACCUAUACCAUCACCUAUUUAUAGUAAAAAGCUGAGGCUUUUGGUGGAUGAAUGCCUGCAGCCCAGGCCACAUGAUCGCCCAGAUAUAUCUUAUGUUUAUGAUGUAGCACUUAGCAUGACAGCCAUGCCCAAUUUGGCUCUUUAAGACCAUUUUAAUAAUUAAUUUUUAAUAUUGUACAUAUUUUUUUGAAACAAAUAAUAUAUUCUAUUUUUGAAAUUGUUAAAGAUCUUCCUUAAUAAUUUUUCUUCGUUGGUUUUUGUCUAUUCAAAUGAAAUGCGCUGUGUCAAAACUAUUCAACCGUGAAAUUCACAAUUUCUAAUGUGUUAUUAUUGAAAGCAUAAACCAUAAUAAACGAGUUAAUUUUUA